AUGCUUCACCAUGGCAGUCCAUCACGACCCACGAUCGCCACAUUCAACACAUUGACUGAGGUCGAUGCCGAUUCGGUACCCAUUUUCCGCGAGCACAGCCGAACUACCGAAUCCCUCCCGUACUGGCUGGUCAAUAUACCGCGGUCGCAAUGGACUGCCGAAUGUCCUAGCUUCCUACGCGACCAAUCCCCGAAAAAUGUUCGAGGUCUUUCGACCCCCGAUCAUCAUUAUACCCGACAGGACUGGGAGCUGGUGAAGGAGAUCGUCAGAACCAACCGGAUCGAUCGGUUCCAGCGUGUCCCGAGUGAGCUGCGCAAAUAUCUGGAAUAUAUGGCACACAUUAAAGCAGAGUAUGGAUCCGUUUUGAGAUUCAUGGUCAAGGAAAGGCUGGGCUGGGACGAUGGCAAUGGGAAAGCCGUCAAGCCUCGAGGUGGUCCUUUUGAAUUCGAAGACGAUAUCAAGAUCAUUUAUAACGACUGGCCAUAUGGAGUCGACAAGGAUAUCAUCCAUCUGGUCGUUUGGACCAAGUUCGAGUUGGAAGACGACCCGGCCACAGGUUACCUAACGACGGGUGCGCAAGCAGCUAUCGAGAGCUAUGUGCAGGACACAUUUUGCACUCGGGUGCCACCAGAGCAGGUUGUCUGGUUUAAGAACUGGAAGUCGCUGAAAUCAGUGCCUGGGGUUGAACAUUUCCACGUCAUGCUCCAUCGGCCCGAUAUGGAAUUUGUCGGGGAGAUCACGCGGGGAGAUGUACCGCUGAUCGAACGAUUGUGA